AUGUCAACUGGCGAAUCGUACGACUCACUGCAAUUUGCAUUCAGAAUAUCGGCUAGUUACAUUAGCAAAAUUGUAAAAAUUACACUUAGAGUUUUAAAAGAAAAAUUAAGUCCUAUAUUUUUACCGUCGAUCAAAUGUGAUGAGCUGAAAGGAAAAGCUGAAGAAUUUGGACAAAAAUGGCAUUUUCCUAAUUGUGUAGGGGCAGUUGACGUGUUUUGUCCUAAACGAUCAGGGUCACUGUACUACAACUACAAAAAUUUUUUUCCAUUGUCUUACUAG